AUGGACUUCACCAAGGCGUUCAUAGAAAGGAAGUUGCAACUAGAAGAACUUGAAUGUCUUAGGAUAGAGGCCUAUGAGAAUGCAAGGAUCUAUAAGGAGAAGACUAAGGCAUUUCAUGAUCACUAUAUCUGCAAGAAAGAUUUCCAAGAGGGUGAUGAAGUUCUUCUAUACAAUUCGAGACUUAGGUUCAUGCCCAAAAAGCUCCAUUCAAGGUGGGAUGGUCCCUUUAAAGUAAAGGAAGUGAAGUCUUAUGGAGUGGUUAAGCUAUUCCACCCUCAAAGUGGUGCAACAUUCAAAGUGAACGACCACAGGGUAAAGAAGUAUCAUGGUCAUAAGUCACCAAAGGAAUUGGAGGUGUUCCUUCUUGAGGAUGCACCUAAAGGAGGAGAGUCUUGA